AUGUUUAGGCAUCAGGCGCAGCGGCUCGCGGUCGGAGCCAAGGUCGCCAGCCUCCAGGGCCUCGUCCAACAGACGUUGGUGGCUCUCCAGCACACAAUGCAGUGCAGGGCUAUGGCCAGGGCACUGGUGCUGGCGGAACAGACGGGCGGCAAGGUCUCCUCGUCGGCCGCACGCGUCGUCACCGCCGCGCGCGAGAUGACCGACGACGCCGAGGUCGACGUCCUGGUCGCGGGCGCGCGCGAGGACGUCGAGCAAGCAGCACAGCAGCUUCGGAACAUCGACGGCGUGCACCGCGUCCGCACGGCCUGUGCGGAGCGCUUCCGCGAGCCCCUCGCGGAGCCCCUCGCCGCCCUGCUCCGCGACCUCGCCGCGCCUGACGCAGGGGAGUACUCUCACUGCGUCACCGCCGCGUCAGACGUGGGGCGCAGCGCCCUCCCGCGCGCCGCCGCGCUCCUCGGCGCCUCGCCCGUCACCGACGUCGUCCGCGUCCUCCGCGACCGCGCCGCGUUCGAGCGCCCCGCGUUCGCCGGCGACAUUCUCACCGUCGUGCGCCCGGCACCAGGAACCACGCCCAUCUUGGCUACGGUCCGGCCGACGGCGUUCGAGCCGAGCGGCGGGCGGGCCGAGGCCGCGGCGGUCGAGGCGGUCGCGGAGGACGUCGUGCGGCGCGCGGCGGAGACGCCGGGGGCGGCGUUUGUCGCGCGGUGCGCGCCCACGAGCGGGCGCCCGGACCUGGGCUGCGCGAGCGUGGUGGUCGCGGCUGGCAGGGGUCUCAAGAACGCGGAGGGAGUGAAGCUCGCGCAGGAGCUGGCCGACGCGCUCGGAGGCGCGCUCGGUGCGUCGCGGGCGAUCGUCGACGCCGGGCUCGCCACCAACGACCUCCAGGUCGGUCAGACAGGAAAGGUGGUUGCGCCCGACCUAUAUAUAGCGGCGGGGAUCUCCGGGGCGAUUCAGCACGUUGCGGGCAUGCGGGCGUCGCGGGUGAUCGUGGCGAUCAACACCGACGCCGACGCACCGAUCACGGGCAUCGCGGAUUACACGCUGGCGGAGGACGCGGCAACGGCGGUGCCCAAGUUGACGGCGCUGCUGCGCGCGAGGAAGAAGAGCUGA